GGUCGUCGUCGCUACGGACCUGGUGCCUCUUACCCAUCCACCGGCGAAGCCCCAACCCGUUGCGAAGCGAGCACUUUUUAACGGAAGCUUUUCGCGUCUCGUUGCUGCUAAGUAUAUAAACACCGAAAGGGAGAGAAGCAGAGCGCUUCACCCUCGUGUUCGCUUCGCACUCCUCGGGCAUACCAGGGGGAUGGAGCGGGGAAAGCGACGAAACGGUAAAUUAGCGUUCCUUGCCGGGCUCGUUGCUGUUCUCCUAGUUAUUGGAAUCUCCUCUUGCUCCGCUGACGUCUUCACCGGGAAUAUCAGCACCACUUCGACCUGGAAGCCGAGGGCUUUGCCUGUGACGUCCUCAUCCGUGUCAGUGUCCUCCUCAGCGUCGACAACCAGGAGUGUCAACGGCGAGCGUCGGCAAUCUUCCUUCUCUUCCGUUGUUUUUCGCGUGCAUGGCAACGUGUAUCCUCUCGGGAUCUACUAUGUGUCUAUCAACAUUGGUAAUCCACCGAAGCCCUACUUUCUCGAUGUCGACAGUGGGAGCGAUGUCACCUGGCUCCAAUGCGACGUUCCUUGCCACAGCUGCUCCAAGAGCCCGCAUCCCCUGUACAAGCCGAUGAAGAACCGGCUGGUGCCUUGUGAAACCCCACUGUGCCAAGCUAUGCACGAGUCGACGCAUCACGAGGGCAGAUGCGAGACGCCCAGCCAGUGCGACUACAAGAUCGAAUACCAGGAUAGUGGCUCCUCUCUCGGCGUCCUGGUCACAGACGCUUUCGCACUCCCACUCAUCAACAAAAUUCUCUCCCAUCCUAGCCUAGCCUUAGGCUGCGGCUACGACCAGCAGGGAUGGCCCUCGAACACAGACGGCGUGCUGGGGCUUGGCAGUGGAAAAAUCGGCAUCCUCUCGCAGCUCCGUGACCUCGGCGUCUGCCGCAAUGUUGUAGGACACUGUCUCAGCAAGAAUUCUCAUGGUUUUCUUUUCAUCGGCGACGAUGUUGUUUCUCCUAAUGGCUUCACUUGGGUGCCUAUGUCCACUGCAGAAGCCAAAUAUUACUCGCCGGGGUUGGCCACCGUAUUUGUCGGCAAGCAGAAACUGAAAUAUAAGCAAAACUUGGUGUUCGAUAGCGGCAGCUCUUACACCUACUUUGACAGUCAGCUGUAUGAGUCCUUACUUGCCAUG